UCUGAUGUACUCGGUGAUGAGGUGGGAGUUGAGCGUGAAGGCGACGCUCCUCUUCUGCGUGUCCGCGCCUCGCUGUCGCUCCUCCUCUUCCUCACGUCUACGCAGUUUUCUACAGCACGUGUUGGAGAGCCGCUGUUACAGCACCGUGAUGGCUGAAGAGGCGAAGAAACUGGCUGCCUAUGCGGCUGUGGACAACCACAUCCAGAACAACCAGGUGUUGGGAGUGGGGAGCGGCUCCACCAUAGUCUAUGCUGUGGACAGACUGGCUGAGAGAGUAAGGCAGGAGAAGUUGAACAUUGUGUGCGUUCCCACAUCGUUCCAGGCUCGACAGCUGAUUCUGCAGCAUGGCAUGUCCAUUUCAGACUUAGACAGACACCCAGAUCUGGACGUAGCGAUCGACGGCGCCGAUGAGGUGGAUGAUACACUCACGCUUAUUAAAGGUGGCGGAGGAUGCUUGACUCAGGAGAAAAUUGUAGCCGGCUGUGCCAAACGCUUCAUCGUCAUUGCUGACUACAGGAAGGACUCAAAGGCACUGGGGCAGCAGUGGAAGAAAGGCGUACCGGUGGAAGUGGUCCCGAUGGCGUACGUGCCUGUGUCGAGGGCCAUCACGCGGCGCUUCGGAGGGGAAGCUGUACUGAGGAUGGCUGUCAGUAAAGCGGGCCCAGUGGUGACUGAUAACAGCAACUUCAUCCUGGACUGGAAGUUUGAGCAUGCUCACAACUGGAAAGAGGUCAACACUGCCAUCAAAAUGAUCCCAGGUGUUGUGGAGACUGGCCUGUUUGUUGGAAUGGCUGAGAGAGUUUACUUUGGGAUGGAAGAUGGAAGUGUGAAGGUCAGAGACUCACCAAUGAACUGAGGAAACACAAAGAAAAAGAAAAGAAAGCCCUGUCCUUUCCUGUCCUUGACACCACAAGUGCCAGUGCUGUACACACACACACACACACACACACACACACACACACACACACACCUAAUUCUCUUGUCCACUAUAAGUAGCAGUAGCCCUUUUGGUGAAGCAGUACACCUACUAGAACAUUCCGUAUAAUCUCCUGCAGGUUUAUGUGUAAGUGUUAUGCGAAAUUAUACACACGUCCUUCGUGAGGGUUUAGAGGUUCUAUAUGUUCUUAAUUUCGUUGCUUAUCGUCCUGUUUGAGUCAAUGUGAAAGCGCUGAAUCAUUGUGGCCUCCAUACAACAUGUAGUGCAGCCUAAACAAGAAGACCGAUUAAGCCCAGCCUAACGAAAUGAUCAUUAUUCAUGGAAGAUCUGGGAAAAUGCCUCUUUUGUGUUUCCCACACAUUCUCACAUAUAGCCCUUGGUGCCUCAUUCUUCUUUCAAGCCCUUUGUUUUAAGUUGUUGCCUACAUUCCGUUUUACAUUUGUUUAAAAUCAAACCAAAGCAUAACGAUGCAUCCGCUGAAAUAAAAAUGUAGUGCAGGUAAAUACGAUAUGGUAUCAAUACACUAAUUUACAGUUUCUGUUUUCUGUAGAUUUGUUUCUCAUGGUUUUAAUCAUUCAUGUUUCACGAUGAACCACAUCCCUGUUUUCAUUUGUAAAACUUUUAUCUUGCGUGCCUGUAGAGACGAUGUCAUCAGGGAUUCAGAGUACCACUUAACUGGUUCACCCCAUCAGGCCUUACCUUUACACACACUCAGCUAUGUGUAAUAUUAAAACAGAUGUUUAACAUCUGGAAUGGGCAUUGUGAAGUUGAGAUUGUAUUUUACACACCAGCUUUAUUUUGGAACUUGUUUUACCAACAUAACUGUGAUUUAUUCUGGUUUUGAUUUUGUGAUCGGAAUCCUAAACUGUUAUCCUGUUGACUGAAGACGAAUAUAUUAAAAGAGGAUUAUUGAACUAUGA